CCCGCAGUCUAUCUCCGCAUGGAAGCCCCAGCUGGCCCUGUUUUGCGGGCGGGUCCCUCUCCACAUGGACCUGACAACAGGGGAGUGGGUGUCAGACCCCCGCGGCGUGCCAAGCUGUCCAGGAAACAAUGAUGAGAUCUUACAGCACUGCAGACAGAUAUAUCCGGAGUUGCAGAUCACGGGUGUGACGGAGGCAGCUCAGCCGGUGACGGUGACAAACUGGUGCCAGAAACAGAAACCGGAGUGCAAGCGCCGCCUGCAUAUCGUGGUCCCGUACCUCUGCCUGGUGAACGAGUUUGUCAGCGACGCCCUUCUUGUCCCCGAUAAAUGUCGCUUCCUUCACCGGGAACAGAUGGACAUCUGCGAGAGUUACCAGCACUGGCACGAAACGGCUCGCACGGCCUGUGCCGCAGAGGACCUCGACCUCCACAGCUACGGCAUGCUGCUCCCCUGCCGCCCAGAGAGGUUCCGGGGGGUGGAGUACGUGUGCUGCCCGAACCGCAAUCCCCAGCCCGUCGAACCCACAAGAAGCCACCCCGUCACCGAGCUGGAACCGCAAGACACGGAAAAGGGGGAUGAGGUGGAGAUUGAAGAGGAUAACGUUGACAUCAUCGAGGAAGGAGGAGAGGACACAGCGGGGGCCUCUCCAGACCAGCACCCGGCGGUGUGUGGGAUGACUAUUUUGUGGGGAAUGGAUAUGAGGAUGAAACAACCAGCAGUGCUCCUACCCUCCCCGCCGGAGGUUAAAGUCUCUCGACCUACCGAUGGGGUUGAUAUCUACUUCGAGUCACCCCGCGAUGGCUCUGAACACGCCAACUUCCUGCGAGCAAAGAUGGAGCUAGAAGAGAGGCGCAUGAAACAGAUCAAUGAGGUGAUGAAGGAAUGGGCGGAAGCUGAUAACCAGGCCAAAAAACUUACCCAAAUCUGACCGGCAGGCGCUGAACGAGCACUUCCAGUCCAUCCUGCAGACCCUGGAGAGCCAGAUAUCUGCCCAGCGCCAGCGACUGGUGGAGACCCAUUUGGGUCGGGUGGUCGCCGCUCUCAAUGACAACCGCAGGGCCGCGCUGGAGUUCUGUGUGUGUGUAUAUAUAUACAUACACAUAAACCAGAGCGAGUCCUUCUGGCUCUGAAGAGGUACAUACACGCCGAGCAGCGAGACCAGCGCCAUACCGUCCGCCAUUACCAGCACGUGAGCAGCGCUGAACCCGACCGAGCCGAGACCAUCCAGUUCCAGGUUCUCACCCACCUUCGUGUCAUUGAAGAACGGGUCAACCAGUCCCUGUCUCUCUUGUACCGGAACCCCCAACUGUCCCCCGAACUCCGCAACCAGAUCGAAACCUGGCUGCAUACAGAGUGGGUUGGAGCCGGAGACCUUCUUAGCUCCACCCAGAAGAAACUGAGCGAAGACAGCGACUACCCCGAGAUCAGAGUGCCGCCCCAGAGCUCUGCUGAGACGUCCCAAGGAGAAGACUCCCAGCAGAUUGAAAGAAAAGGAUCCGCCGUCUGGGACUUGUACUCCGACUUCCCCCCCAGCGAGCGAACCCUGACCUUCCCCAGCCAGAAGGAUAACGCUUCAGUAAAGCAAGUCCAUUACCAGUCCGAGGACAUCCAGCGCGAUGAACUGGAACCAGACAUCCUGAUCCCAUUUAACCGAGGAGCUCUGAUUGGCUUGGUGGUGGUGUCCGUUGCCGUGGCGUUGGUUAUAAUUCUCAGCCUACUUCUGAUCCGGCGCAAACCCUACGGGACCAUCAGCCACGGGAUUAUCGAGGUCGAAGCUUCCAGGAACCCCGAGGACAAGCACCUGAGCAAGAUGCAGAACCAGGGCUACGAAAACCCAACCUACAGAUACCUGGAAGAGAACAACUGA